GCUCGUGCAACCCGUCACAGCGUGUGUCAUCAGCCACUACUUUAUACAGUAGAGAAAUGGCGAACUGGUGUGUGCGAGCAGUGAGACAGAGCUACUCGCUUGUAGCUUCACCUGCGCUGAUACGAGCAUCUCCACGACUGCUGUGCACAGCCACCCAGCAGAAGAAUGGCCCCGGGCCGGAGGAGGAGGCUGAGAAGAUGGAGCAGAGCGCAGCAGAGAAAGUCCUGAUGGAGGAGAAAAGCCAGCUUGAGGAGCAGCUCAAGGAGAUGACAGAUAAAUACAAGAGGGCUUUGGCAGACACAGAAAACCUGAGGAUGAGGAGUCAAAGGAUGGUAGAGGAUGCUAAACUAUACGGGAUCCAGAGCUUUUGCAAAGAUCUGCUGGAGGUGGCUGACAUCCUGGAGAAGGCCACAGAGAGCGUACCCAAGGAGGAGGUGACGAGCCAGAACCCUCACCUGAAGAAUCUGUUCGACGGCCUGGUGAUGACGGAGGUCCAGGUCCAGAAGGUGUUCACCAAGCACGGCCUGGUCAGGCUUAACCCCGAAGGCCAGAAGUUUAAUCCCUACGAGCACGAAGCUCUCUUCCACGCCCCUGUGGAAGGUAAAGAGCCUGGCACCGUCGCCGUAGUAACCAAAGUGGGCUACAAGCUUCACGGACGCACCCUCAGGCCGGCGUUGGUGGGCGUGGCCAAAGCGCCCUAGAACUGACGAGGUGGCUGAGUCACAAAGUGGGACUAAUGUUUCCGGGGAGAUGGAGACCUCAGGCUCAAUGAGACCCUGGAUCCACAAUCCUGUUCUCACACACCCGCCAUGAUCUGGUGCCGCGAGGACAGGAAGUGAGCACACCGACACCCAGCAGUUUUCAAGAGAUUCAUUCAGUCACUGAACAGCCUCUUCAGUACAGUUUCAGUUCAUCAGCAGCUUUGUAAGUUAACUCCUGCAGAUAUUAGAUGAUUCAAGAUGUCAAAGAUCACACAAUGGUUUCUGUAACCCCUUUUUGAAAAUAAAGAUUAAACGUUAGGAUAGAAAACUCUUUCAGUAAGAGUGUAUUUGAUGUGAUGCAUUCACUGAGCGACAGCUGCUCGCGUCAUUCCAAACUUCUAUGAGUUGAUCAAUAAUUGUUUUUAGUUUUCAUUGUGACUUUGAGCAUCAUUCUAUGAUUGAACCAAGGAAAGCCUCUGGAGUCAUGGUUUUAAAAUUGAGAAGCCGUUUCAUUCAGUUUUAUUCAAAACGUGUGUGAUGAGGUCUGACAAAGCUCAAACUUUAAGACACAGUUCGACUGGAAUAAAUCAGUAAUGUACCAAGUGUAUCUGUACACCAGUAUAAGAAGUAUGUGACAGCAGAAUAAACUGGUUAAUGUUGGAAAUUCACUCAAGAUCACAGUUUGAUUU